AUGGAAGCAGAUUGGGAUGAGCUGUCGCGUAUCCCCAUGCCGCCGCCGAGCGCGCAUGGGAUGCCCACAAAUGCGACUGCUGUUGCAUUUGACGAUGUAAUGGAGCUCUUAUGGACGGGAAAUGAAUAUGGCCGUGUCACUUCUUUCUAUGGUCCCGAACUCCAGCGAUACACCUCAGUGCGUGCGCAUCCUGUCGCUGAAGGUAUGGUUCGGCAAAUUAUCUUUCACGACCGUGGUGUGAUCUCCUUGUCUUCGAAGAGCGUGCAUAUGAUUACUCGACGCGGUUUGACGCAGUGGCACAUCUCGCAUGAUGAGAUGGUUGAUCUUCGCUGCAUGAGUUUCACGGCACAGACGAAUCGAAUUCUUGUUGCAGGAUGCCAGCGAGUCAUGUUCACCAUUGACAUUGACAAGGGAGUUAUCGUCGACAAGUUGCCGACUGAACAUGACUACACGAUUAUGAAGAAGAGUCGGUAUCUCUGUGCCGCUACAGAUUCGGGAUCCGUAAACGCCCUUAGCCUUGCGGACUUUAGUGUUGUCAAAUCAUGGAAGGCCCAUGGCACUGCCAUUAAUGACAUGGACGCGCGGAACGAUUUACUGGUAACCUGUGGCUUUUCCGUCCGACAACUUGGCUCUCCGAUUGUUGACCCAUUGGCAAAUGUCUAUGAUCUCAAAACAUUGUCCCCAUUACCUCCCAUUCCUUUUCAUGCUGGGGCCGCCUAUGUGCGGAUGCACCCAAAGUUGCACACAACAAGUUUUGUGGCAUCACAAACUGGGCAGCUCCAAGUUGUGGAUCUUAUGAAUCCCAAUGCCGUCAAUUUGCGACAGGCUAAUGUUUCUCUGAUGCUUGGUCUCGAGCUUUCGCCAUCAGGAGAAGCCUUGGCCAUCAACGAUGCAGAGUGUUCCAUUCACCUCUGGGGGUCACCGUCAAAGAUCCACUUCAACGAGCUAAGCAAAGAGCCUGAGUUUGCAGAUGUACCCACACGACCACCACCGAUUGACUGGUCGCCUGAAACCCCGUUGAAUAUGGUUGGAAUGCCCUAUUAUCAUGACCGCCUUUUCUCCGCAUGGCCUAGCCAUCUCAUGUUCGAGGUUGGCAGCCCCCCUGCACUUCUGGACCAAUCCUUGCUUCCAUAUCUUCGCCCGGCAGAAGUAGGUCACCACGCCCCCAAUCCUCGGAAGACGCGUCGAUACCAGGUUGAGAAUACUCGCGCUCUGACUACAGCGGAACCGGCUCUCAUUGCCCCUAAAUUCUUGAGUGAAAAGGCCCGCGAUCACAGCAAAUCCAAGUCUGAGAGCUCUAUCACCGAUGCAGCUGAGGCACUCGCCGGUGCCAAGAUCAAUGGUGAAAGUGACGACGAUCCUCUCCUGAAAUACAGCAAUGUCGAAAUCAAGUACAGUCGGUUUGGUGUUGACGACUUUGACUUCCGCUUCUACAAUAAGACCCAAUUUUCUGGCCUCGAAACUCACAUCUCCAACUCCUUCACCAACUCCCUCCUUCAACUAUUCAAGUUCAUCCCUCUUUUCCGAAACCUUGCCCUUCAACAUGCGGCCGGAUCCUGCAUCUUCGAGAACUGUUUGCUAUGUGAACUUGGAUACCUUUUCGACAUGCUGGAGAAAGCCAACGGCCAGAACUGCCAGGCGACCAAUCUGCUGAAAACAUUCAGUAGCUUUCGCGAGGCUUCAAAUCUCGGACUUCUCGAAGAGAACCUUACCAACAAGUCUUUGUCUACCGCGAUCCAAGCCGUGAAUCGGUUCUUCUUGACACAGAUAGCACAUGAUUUCCGCACGAUACAGCCUAGCUCAGAGGAGCUGGAGCAGCGGCUUGCGACGAUUGCUUCUGAAUCCAUUCGAUGCAUGUUCUGUCAAAAUGAGACAGUACGACCAGGGAACUCUCUGGCCAAUGAACUUUUGUACCCGAACAUGGAUCCUAAUCCUAAUGUGAAGAACUCUCGACGCAAUCCGGCCUUCCGAUUCUCAAAUAUCUUGCGGGCAAGCAUUGAACGCGAAACAACAAACCGAGGAUGGUGUAAUUACUGCCGUCGCUACCAGCAGGUCAUUAUCCGGAAAACAAUCCGCAGAAUGCCUCUUGUGUUGAUGUUGAACGCCGCAGUUGCAAACAAUGCACCCUGUCGUCGUCUCUGGUCUACCCCUGGGUGGCUACCCGACUCAAUUGGUAUUGUCAUUGACAAUGGCCAAGUGAUGUGCUUUGAAGGUGAAGAUCUCCGACUCCGCAUUCAGAACAAUACCCCCGGUUUGAUCAUUUAUGAUCUCGUUGGACUUGUUUCGGAGAUCGAUGUCCCCGAGCACCAAAAGCCGCAUUUAGUGUCUUUUGUUAAUGUAUCGAUUUCGGACCGAGAGCAACAAGAACAGAGCAAAUGGCACCUCUUCAAUGACUUCUUGGUCACAGAAGUGGAUCGCGAUGAGGCAUUGCGAUUUACACAGCCGUGGAAGCUGCCAUGUGUGCUGGCUUUCCAGGUACGCGAUGCUCGCCACGCCGUCGAUGACUCAUGGAAGAAGAACCUGGAUACCACUUUGCUUUUCCGCGAGUGGUCUCUGAAUGGUGGCCAUCAAGUUGAGUCUUGUCAAGCUCUGGCUGAGGACGAGAAGCCGCAAACUGGAACCCCCGUGGCAUUGGAUACUGAAUUUGUCGAUCUCGAGAAAGCGGAGAUCGAUGUGAAAGCCGACGGAUCACAGGAAAUGGUUCGACCUAACAAAAGUGGUCUUGCUCGAGUUUCCGUACUGCGUGGUUCGGGUAUCAAGGAAGGUGUCCCUUUCAUCGAUGACUACAUCACCAUCCGGGAGCCGAUCGUCGACUAUGUCACCCAGUACUCUGGUAUCAAGCCAGGCGACCUGGACCCAAGAACAAGUGAGCACAACCUCGUACCACUCAAAGCCGCUUACAAGAAGCUGUGGCUACUUCUUAACCUUGGCUGUGUGUUCGUGGGUCAUGGUCUGGCCUCGGAUUUCCGGAAAAUCAACAUCCAGGUACCGAAGUCUCAGACCGUCGAUACACAGUAUCUCUUUUUCCAUCCUAGCAAAAACCGCCGUCUUAGCUUGCGUUAUCUCGCCUGGGCCGUGUUCAAGGAGUACAUCCAAGAAGAACCAAACCCAGAUACCGUGCAAGGCCACGAUUCAAUCGAGGAUGCACGCAUGGCCAUGCGUCUCUGGAAAAAAUUCCAAGAAUUCGAAGACGCAGGUGUUGCUGCCCAAAUGCUGGAAGAAAUCUUCCGCGAAGGUUCCAAGCAUGGAUUCCGCCCACCACCCAAGAAUGGCGGCUCUGUAGCCACUGUUCUCUCCCGCCCCGGCACUGCUGUUACCAUGCAGAAUAACAGCGGCCGCAAUACCCCCUCUACUCCCGAUGCUGGUGCAUCCACACCAGCUGUUGCUACAACAAAUACUAGCACAGCCAAUACCGCACCUCCAAGCGCCCCAACUACCCCACGCCAGGCUUUCCGUCGAUCGAUCGCUCUCACACCAAGUAAUACUAGCUUCUCCGGACCUGGUGCGGCGGAUUUCUUCGGUGGGAGUCCCUUGCGCUAG